AUUUGAACCAAUUCGCGAACAGGGCUGUGGAAGAAGUGAGAGUCGGUUGAAUCGUUGUCCGAACGAACCGAUUCAAAUUUCUUGUCUGGUUGUCAGUCAGAAGUUUGUCGGAGUCUUUGUACGGCGAUCCACAGAGCUCAGCGGUCUGAACACGAUAAGAGCUCAGAUCGCUGACAUUCCUUCUGUCUGUGGAGUUUCGCAGCAGGAUGACGAGGAUCGGGCUUGAGUUUCCUCUCGUGCGUCCGUGAGCACAGAACCAAUCAUGGCCCAGAGGGUCAGUUUUGACUUUGAUCUGGUCACUGAUGUCGAGAGUCCAGCAGAUGAGGAUGGGGUUCAUGAUUCAUUCAGUCAGCUGAUCCAGGAACAGUGUCACGACCUUCAUGAUGUCAUAGAGAUGACCCCGCUUGACCUGGAGGAGGACAGCAGAGGUCAGAUUCAUCGUGGGUCCAGUUCUCGGUCCGACAGCGAUGGGCCGCAGCAGACGGAUCAUCUGAUUGGAGAACGCUGGUCAUCUGAUACGCUCAAGGUCCUGUCCUCCAUGCCCAGCCGCACCAUCGGUCGCAGUCGUGGCGCGAUCAUCUCUCAGUACUGUAACCGCACCAUGCAGCUGCGCAGACGCAGACAGAGCAGACCCUCCAUCCAGCACUUCCCUCGAUCCGCGCGGCCCAGCAUCCGCGGAUACGGCGUGGAAACGGACGCAGCCGGUUUUGAGGAAGAAGAGAAUAAGAGGGAUCGCUUGGUGAAUAAUCUGCAGAAUCUGUCAGACAGUGAUCGCGUGCGUAUGUUGAGAGCGAUGCCGCUGAGUCUCUCAGAGAAGAAAGAGCUCAGGAUGUUGGUGUUGAAUAAAGCAGAACACUCUGUGUCUCAGAAUCAGAUUCCCUGCUGCAGUCAGCUCAAGUAUUACAUCAUCAUUGUGAGUCCAAAACACACUUACCUUCAGUCAGUGAUUGAUGUUUUUGUUGAGUUUUGGUUUUCGUUCCUGUCCUCGCUGCAGUUGUGGCAAACGGCUCUGAAGUGUGUCGGCGGCCGCUUCGGUACGGGCGUCCUCUCGUAUUUCAUCUUCCUCAGAACGCUCCUCUUCUUCAACGUCUUCCUGUUCCUGGUCACGGGUUUGUUGCUGGUGGUUCCUCAGGCCAUCGCUCAUCCGGAUCUGGACCAGAACAUCACUGUCAGGAGCUCAUGGGGGCUGGAGGUGCUCACGUUCUUCGGUUAUUUCUCACACUCUCUGCUGUAUUACGGAUACUAUAGUAACAAACCGCUACAGACGGGUCACAGCUGCUCUGCGUCCAGUAACAAGACGUCCAGUAGUUGUGGACUGUCUUAUAAUAUGCCUCUCAUUUACUUCUUCACCAUCGGCGCUGCCUUCUUCAUCACCUGCAUCAUCCUCGUCUACACCAUGUCGAAGUCGUUCGGUCAGAGUUUCCGUAUCGAUAAAUCUAAAGGACUGCUGGCAAUAAAGGUCUUCAGCUCAUGGGAUUUUAAAGUCAUCAAGAAAAGCUCAGUGAGACUGCAGCGGGCAAACAUCAGCACACAGCUGAAGGAGCUGGUGGCGGAGGUGAACCGUCAGGAGCAGAAGUUCCCGGUUCUCCAGCGCUUGUUCCGGCUCUUCAUCCACAUGCUGGCGUGGAUCAUGUGUUUGGGGAGCACGUUAGCGUGUGUGCUAGCUGUGUAUUACUUCUCUGAAUACAUGCACGGGGAUCUGCUUAGACGCGCUCACACCAACUCGUCGGAUCCUCUGCUGGAGGAAGCCAGUCUGUUGGCCAUUCCUGUCUUUGUGUCCAGCCUUAACCUGCUCCUGCCUGGAUUCUUCAACGUCGUGGCCUGGAUGGAGGACUACGAUUCUCCCAGUGUGCUCAAUUACAUCUCCAUCAGCAGGAACCUGCUGCUGAAGGUGAGUGUGUUGGGAGUGCUGUGCUAUCAUUGGCUGGGCCGCGUGGCGACAGAUCCUCAGAGUCUGGGUUUAGAGUGCUGGGAGAGUUUCGUCGGGCAGGAGCUGUACCGUUUCCUCCUGAUGGACUUCAUCUUCAUGCUGCUGGACACCUUCUUUGGAGAGUUUCUGUGGAGGGUGUUUUCUCAGAAGGCUCUGAAGAGGGAGAGGAAGCCCGUGUUUGAUAUCGCCAGGAACGUUCUGGAGCUCAUCUACGGACAAACUCUGGCCUGGCUGGGUGUUUUAUUCUCUCCUCUGCUGCCGGCGGUUCAGAUCAUUAAACUGCUCUUUCUCUUCUACAUGAAGAAGGUCAGUCUGAAGAUGAACUGUCAGGCGUCGGGGAAGCCGUGGCGCGCCUGUCAGAUGACCACCAUCUUCAUCACGCUGCUGUGUUUCCCAGCAUUCCUGGGCGCCGCCGUGUGUGUGACGUACACCAUGUGGACGAUAAAGCCGUCAGCGAGCUGCGGUCCGUUCCAGGGGCUGAAGAACAUGUUCCAGGCGGGGAAGCGCUGGUUUCAGGAGCUGGCGGCGGCGAACCCUGAUCUGCACUGGCUGCCCUCGGCUCACGCUUACCUGGUGGAGAACCCGCUCUUCCUCUUCCUGUCCGCCGGCAUCUUCCUGAUCGUGAUCUACUUCCACAGUCAGGUGGUGGACGGUCAGCGGAAGAUCAUCGAGCUGCUUCAGGAACAGAUUGAGAAUGAGGGUGAGGAUAAGAAGUUCCUGAUCACACGACUGCAGCACAUCCAUGAACGCAAACGAAGAGUGACGCCUCGCCGCGUGAAAGAAGCCAGUGAGGAUUCCAGUUAUUCCUGACGCACUUCAUGAACUGAUGGAGCCACAGAAACGACCUCAACAGCAGCUCUGAUGAUGUGGAUCUCUCACAGAGUCCUGCUCAGACCAGACGGGUGUUUCUAGAACCCAGAAUCACACUCUUCACAGGAAGGACCAGAGGAGAGAAACACUAGCACUGCUAGCUGUGGGUUCGCUGGAUUUUUCUGGUUAAAUCUGUUGAAAUAUUACCUUUUAUACUGGUGAUGGUGUUUUCAUGCCGUCUCUGAUACUGAGACACUUUUAAUUUUACUGUGAAAUAUUUAAUACUCACAGUUCCUC